AUGAAAGAAGAGGGACAUUACGUGCCGCCGACUUACAUUCCAAUAAGACAGUCAGAUGCUGAUACAGAAGAAGUAACCACCACUCCAAAUCAAGAAGCUGCUGAUUCUGGAGACACAGGAGAUGUUCCGAAACAGUGGUCGUCUGGUAUAUGCGCUUGCUUCGACGAUAUGCAGAGCUGUUGUAUAGGUUUGUUCUGUCCAUGUUACAUCUUUGGCAAGAACGCAGAGUUGUUGGGGUCUGGAACAUUUGCAGGACCUUGCGUUACCCAUUGCAUUUCAUGGGCGUUAGUCAACACCAUUUGCUGCUUUGCUACUAAUGGUGUCUUGCUCGGUCUUCCGGGGUGCUUUGUGUCAUGUUACGCUUGUGGAUACCGCAGAUCAUUGAGAGCCAAGUACAAUUUACAGGAGGCUCCAUGUGGGGAUUUUGUAACACACUUCUUCUGUCACUUGUGUGCCGUUUGCCAAGAAUACAGAGAGAUCCGAGAACGAAGCAGUGGCUCAAAUACUACCGACGUGAAGAUGGCUAUUACCAACGCCCCCUUAGCUCAAACCAUGGAAUCAGCAAAUUGA